AUGGCCUCCACAGGUGUCAAGCAGGACGUCCCGUCAAAUGUCUAUAAUCGUUCGGAUGCUGAGAAACCACCAGUGGACUCGGUUUCUUUAAGUGGAGCCAGGAUUUCUGCAGAUGACGGCGAAGCGGGCUCGUUGCCUCCAAGCUACGACCAUACUCACCGGAAACUGAAGCCCAGACACAUUCAAUUGAUCGGUAUUGGUGGCACAAUCGGGACUGCACUCUAUGUUAAUAUUGGAAGAGGGUUGAUGCAGGGAGGACCUGCCAGUUUAUUUAUUGCUUUCUCAUUAUGGUGUACCGUCAUUUUGGCAAUCAACAAUAGUAUGGCAGAGAUGGUGACCUACCUCCCCGUAUCUUCACCAUUCAUCCGAUUCGCAGGUCGUUACGUAGAUGAUGCUCUUGGAUUUGCCGCUGGAUACAACUUCUUUAUCUUUGAAGCAGCUCUCGUACCUUUCGAAAUCGUUGCCUGUAAUGUUAUUUUACAUUACUGGACCGAUAAGAUUCAUGUAGCCAUUGUGAUUGCUGUAAUUAUCGCAUGCUAUGCACUUGUGAAUCUGACUGCCGUAAAAUGGUAUGGGGAGAGUGAAUUUUGGAUGGCUCUGGGAAAGGUUAUCUUGAUCGUUAGCUUAAUUUGCUUUACUUUUGUCACAAUGUUAGGGGGGAACCCGCAAGGUGAUAGGUAUGGAUUUAGAUAUUGGAAAGACCCGGGCCCAUUUGCAGAAUCCACCAAAACAGGCGAUGUCGGAAGGUUUAUCGGGUUCAUUGCGUGUCUUAUUCAAGCUAGUUUUACUAUUGCAGGACCAGACUAUGUCAGCAUGGCAGCUGGAGAGGCAGAAAACCCACGAAAGGCCUUACCACGGGCAUUCAAUGCCGUCUUUUACCGUCUCACUACAUUUUUCGUUUUGGGAUCUCUUUGCGUGGGAAUUGUCGUUCCCUACAAUGACCCAACAAUGAAGGCCGCAUUCUCUGAGGGACGGCCGGGUGCCGCUGCAUCUCCUUAUGUUGUUGCUAUGGAUAGGAUGGGGAUCCCAUAUCUGCCUCAUAUUGUGAAUGCUUUGAUUUUCACAUCGGCGUUAUCGGCUGGUAAUUCGUACGUCUACUGUGCAAGCAGAAGUUUAUAUGGUCUUGCUCUUGAAGGCAAAGCCCCGAAAAUAUUGGCAAAGUGCACCAAGGGCGGUAUUCCCUUGUACUCGAUCGCCGUAGUCCUUGCAAUAGCCCUUCUUUCAUUCCUCCAAGUCUCCAACAAUGCAGCAGUGGUUUUGCAGUGGUUCAUCAACCUGGUGACAGCCUCACAAUUGAUAAACUUCUCGGUGAUCACCUUCACCUACAUCAAGUUCAGGAAGGCUCUUGCCGCACAAGGAAUCCCCCGGGACACCCUACCACACAAGGGUUUUUGGCAACCAGCUACGGCAUGGUAUGCCUUUACGGCCACGUCCAUCAUGUGCUUUGUCGGUGGCUACAGCGUCUUUGUACCCGGAAACUGGGAUGUUCCUACAUUCCUUUUCUCAUACCUCAUGAUCUUUCUCUUCCCGGUCCUAUUCGUCUCAUGGAAGCUUAUCCACAAAACCAAAUGGCGAGCACCGGAAGAGGUUGAUCUUUUCUCCGACAAGGCCGAUAUCGAUGAAUACGAACGCCAAUUUGUUCCUGCUCCCCCUAGAAAUACGUUUAUGAAAUACUGGGAUAAAACAUUCUCUUGA